UCGCUUGUGUUUCUAAUAUUUUCGAAAUUUCCAGUCCUUCAAGUAAAAGGUCGGAAUGGGAAAGAUCUGUUGAUUCUCAAUGGUUAUACCUAUUAUAAGCACAAGUUACUCAGAGAUGGGUACCGCUGGAGCUGCACCCAAAUGGGUUCCAGGUCUUGUCGGGGCUUCCUCCAUGUGACCAAGAAAAUGAUCGUUGCUAAGGCCCUCACGGAACAUACACACCCGCCUUCGAGAUACUUCUUGGAGACUCUCAGAAAAACUUUUGCGGUAUCAGCUGAUUCCUUUGGGUCCAAUCAGGCUCUUAACCCAUUCGCAAUGAAGAUAUCUGAUGUUCAUGGCGGCGUAAACUUUAAAUAAAUUCUGUGCCUGUACAAAGAUUAAGCGAUGAGUCAUGACUUGAACUAGUCUUUUUUGUACGUUGGGCUCAGGAGAUGGCUGUGUCUCCUCGCCCUGAUUGGUAUAUGGGAGGUGGCCCAGGUAUCUCUUGAGCCGUGUGUACUAAAGUUAUUAACUCAUCUUUUUGUCUUUUGUCUUAUGUUUAUAGCAGAAUAGUUGUAUAGAUUCACGUUUAUUUCUGUAUACGAUGAUAUUAUUAUAAAUUAAAAGUAUAGCUUAAACUAGUUAUAAAUCUUAGAGAGUUUAAGUCAUUAAAGAUUUUAGUAAUACUUUGCAUAUUAAUAUUGAAAAAAAAUUGUCAUUUAGUCGUAAAUUCUAGCGUUUCUCUCAUCUUGACAUGUUCCCAGGUGCAUCUCCGUCACUGGGCUUCGGGGCGUGGGGUUCGUUUUCCGCAAAUCCAUUAUAUUAUAAAUAUGUCUCACUAUAUUUUCUAAAAACUUUCACGACCGAUUGACAAUUUUAUUGAUACGAAACCAGUAGACAAAUCGUGUGAUAAAAUAUUUGUGCAAAUUAUAUAACAAUGUUAAAAUAUGUAUAUAUUGUGUUACAGCUUAUGAAACUUGUGUUAUAAUUAAGUGUAUUCUCUGAAAUGCCAUAUCUGAUUCUUGUUAGUUGCAGAUUCUGAUCUCUGUUAGUUGCAGUAGAAAAAAAAAAAAAAAGUAUUAUUUCAACGAUUGGAAUGAACGAAGUAAAUUGUUCAACCUUAUGUA